AUGGUUUGUGUAGGAGUUGGUGUGCAGCAGCAGCAGCAGCAGAGUGCAGGCUUCGUACCGAUGAUUCCUGUGAAGAUGCAGCCGAGUGUAGGCCUUGUACAGAUGAAACCGGCAACAACGGGAUGCAAAGAUAGCUGUUUUGCGCAGUGCUCAGCAUCGUGCACGGUCUCGGACAAGAUGUGCCUGGGC